GUCGAACCCGUUCUUUCUCUUCGCAGGUCAGAUCUAGACUCUCAGUAUGGCUGAGAAUUGGGAUGAAACCCCAACCCAAGUGGUUGCUGAAGUACCUGAAAUCAAGUUGUUCGGACGUUGGGCAACAGAUGAUGUCCAAGUCAGCGACAUCAGUUUGACUGAUUACAUUCCUGUCAAGGAAAAGUAUGCCAAGCUACUCCCUCACUCUGCCGCACGUUACCAGGUGAAGAGGUUCCGCAAGACACAGUGCCCAAUUGUUGAGCGAAUCACCAGCUCUUUGAUGAUGCACGGACGAAACAACGGCAAGAAGCUGUUGACAAUGAGAAUCAUCAGACACGCUUUUGAAAUCAUCCAUCUUCUUACUGGAGAGAACCCACUCCAGGUGCUUGUCAAUGCUAUCAUCAACAGCGGACCACGUGAAGACUCCACCCGUAUCGGUAGAGCAGGUACUGUAAGACGUCAAGCUGUAGAUGUGUCACCCCUGAGACGUGUCAACCAGGCUAUCUGGCUGCUCUGCACUGGGGCUAGGGAAUCUGCAUUCAGGAACAUUAAGACUAUUGCUGAAUGCCUUGCUGAUGAACUCAUUAAUGCAGCCAAGGGAUCCUCCAACAGUUACGCUAUCAAGAAAAAAGAUGAACUUGAACGUGUGGCCAAGUCCAACCGAUAGACAAUUUACAAUUUUAUAUGUAUAAGAUAUUGGGAG